CAACAUGCAUUAAGUAUCUCUACCCGCUCUAGAAAUCUAAUAACUCACCGGUUGGUUAUGCUGUGCAACGUUGUUGCAUAAACCUGUGCUCUUUAUGCAUCCAGCUGAUGAUUAAAAUCGGCCAUUCCUUAUAACAUGGAGAAGUGAGUCUUUAACCGGUUCCCGCAGCUUUAUUUUAUCUCGAAAUUAUCGCCAUUAUUUAGUGACAGCAAUGGGGCCACGGAACAGCGUUGAAGGGAGGAUUUAUUCAUUCCGAAGCGAAGCAGAAUGCGCCGGGCUUGGUGUCGUAUUUCCGGAUAUUCCAAGCAUUGUACUCUGCCAUAGGGUACUUGUUCUUGAUUGGAUUCCGCAGCGAAAAGGUUAUGUCAAGGUUAUGACAAUCACUUCUAAAUUGCGUCCCGAUGGCGAAUACCUCCCUAUCUCCCCCACCAAGAAAAAGCCCUUCCCAAUCCAGCUUCGUUUACAAAACGGCCCAGAGUCGAUCGUUCAUAACAUGCGUAUAAUCAACAUAACCGCACUACGGCUCUUUUCGUACCUCAAGAUCGAUUCGUACUACGAAGUUCCUUUACGUAUACUUAGGGAGGAAAAGGACCGUUUUGGCUGUCAGCUUAUGCUAUGUCCCAAACAUCUUGGUAGUAUCCGACACCUGCGAUCAUACCUAAAGGACCACGAGAAAUGCCAAAUGCAGAGGAAUGAUGAGGAUGUAGUUUCGGACGGCAAGGAGUUUUAAAACCGUUCGAAAUAUGAUGAAUACUUUCUUGAAUGAGAGAGAGAGAGAGAGAGAGAGAUUCAUACGCCCGUCAGGCCUCUCUGCGAGGCCCAUGUGGGGAACUAGCUAGGAUGACUAAUUACAUGAUGGUUGCCUUGUGUCCUUAUGGCCUUGUCAAUAUAGUUCCUUCCUGCCGCUUUCCAUUUUC